AUGAAGUUCAUUGGGUUGACCAUUUCACUCGCUCUCGCUGGCUUGGGCUACUCUGCCGCUCUUCCCAGCCUCGGCAAUGUGGAGGGUACUGUUGCUGGUGUCACAGGUGCCGCCACUAAGAUUGUUGGGCCUGUCACCUCCAUCGCUGGCGGCCCGACAGGUGCCCUCAAGCGUGACAAUACUGCUGCUCUUGGCGAGACUGCCGAAACUAUUCCAAGCCUUUUCAACAGCGCUGUUGGCAUGGCUGGUAGUGCUGUUGGUACUACUGAGAACGCUGUUGCCGGUGCCGGUUUACCUACGAAGCGUCAACUCAACGACGUCGUUGGUAUCCCUUUUGGAAGCGCCGGUUCCGCCAUUAUCCAUGAAGCCAAAGCUUGGGACCUGACUAGUGGCGCUGGUACUGCCAAGGACGCCGUUGCCGGUGCCGGUUUACCUGGGAAGCGUCAGUUCAAUGACCUCGUUGGUAGCACACUUGGGAGUGCCGUUCCCGCCAUUAUGCACGAAGCCAACGCUGGUGGCCUGACUGGUGCCCUGCCUGGUGCCGAUUUACCUGCGAAGCGUCAGCUUAAUGACCUCGCUGGUAGCACACUUGGGAGCGCCGUUCCUGCUAUUAUCCAUGAAGGCAAAGCUGGAGGCCUGCCUAGUUCCAUCAAGCGCGAUGGGACUGCCGCAUUUGGGGAGACCACCGAGACUAUUCCCAGUCCUGCCAACAGCGGUAUUGCCAUCGCUAACAGUGCCGUUGGUACCGGUGAAAGCCUUGCAUCUAACGCCGCUAGUAUCGCAGAAAAUGCGGCUGGCCAUACUUAG